AUGUCUGACACAAUUCAACAAGAACCCAAAGUUGAAUUCGAAUAUGUCGACCAUCACAACCGCCCCCAUACCGCCACAGAGGGAUAUAUGUUCCGCGGGACUAGAAGGGGAAAGAAGGGGCCGCCACCAGCAUACCGAGAAGACUGGGGAAAAGACAAGCGGUCUCCAUACAAUAAAGGUCACAAUGGGCAUUUAAUCGGCACGUGGUGGCCAUACAUGAUUUGUGCUAUGCGCGAUAUGGCACACCCACACUUGCGGCAGGGGAUUUGUGUGCAGGAGGGUCGCGGAGCGAUAUCUAUUGUGAUCAAUAAUGGUUCGAAAACGGGCUAUGAGAAUGUAGAUAACGGUGAUACAAUCAAGUACUGCGGAGACGGGAAGACAUUGUUAGACUCGAGUAUGGAUAAUGGUAUGUUAAUUAGAGUUCUUCGUGCAGCCGAUCCCCAUUCCGAUUGGGCUCCACAGGCGGGAUGGAGAUAUGAUGGUCUGUACAGGGUCGUUGGCAAGGAAAAGAUUCCAGAAAAAGAGGGAUAUUGGUAUACUCUUGAACGGGCGGGGGAUCAAAAGCCUAUUAGCAGGUUUCAUCCUACUCCUGAGAAGCUGGCUGAGUAUCGGGAGUACAACAGGAAGAGUUUGUCUAAGAAGGAAGGGCUGUCUUAUAUGUAG